AUGGAACUACCAUGCGACGGAGCCGGCAUUUGCAUGGUCUGCAAAAACAAGCCGCCAAGCGAAGAAACCCUCACGUGCAAAACAUGUGUCACUCCCUGGCACGCUACGUGUCUCGUCUCUCCCCCUCAGGCGUUAUCAGAUACGCUUCAAUGGGAGUGCCCUGACUGCUCCAUGAUAACGCCGCCGUCCACUUCCGCCGUCGCCUCUGGACGAUCGGAGGAGGCCGGCGACCUCAUCGCUUCGAUUCGGAAGAUCCAGGAAGACAAGUCCUUGACGGAACAGCAAAAGGCAAAUAAACGGCAGGAGCUGCUGAGUGGCUCCGCCGCAGGUCCGUCGUCAUCGGACGACGAUGAAAAGAAAGAAAAGAACGAUGUGCUGGAUAUACUCGAUAAGGAAUUAACUUGCUCCUUCUGUAUGCAAAUGCUGGAUAGGCCUGUUACGACACCAUGUGGUCAUAACUUUUGCCUGAAGUGUUUCCAGAGAUGGAUUGGACAAGGGAAACGUACAUGUGCUUAUUGCCGUGUACAAAUCCCACCCAAGAUGGCAAGCCAGCCUCGUAUCAAUUCUACACUUGUUUUUGCGAUACGUAUGGCAAGGCUGUCAAGGUCCAGCAAUGCUGGUGGGGCUCAAAAGGAGUAUCAUUUUGUCCACAACCAAAACAGGCCGGACAAAGCAUACACAACAGAGCGUGCUAAGAAAGCUGGAAAGGCUAAUGCUUGUAGUGGGAAGAUCUUUGUCACAGUUCCUCCUGAUCACUUUGGGCCAAUUCUUGCUGAGAAUGACCCAGAAAGAAAAAUGGGCGUUUUGGUGGGAGAGAUAUGGGAGGAUAGGCUGACAUGUAGACAGUGGGGUGCCCAUCUUCCCCAUGUUGCAGGAAUUGCUGGUCAGUCAUCUUAUGGUGCACAAUCUGUGGCUCUCUCUGGAGGUUAUCUAGAUGAUGAGGACCAUGGUGAAUGGUUCCUUUACACUGGGAGUGGAGGAAGGGACCUGAGUGGCAAUAAACGCACAAACAAGGAUCAAUCUUUUGAUCAAAAGUUUGACAAGAUGAAUGAGGCAUUACGAUUAAGCUGCCUAAAGGGCUAUCCUGUAAGAGUGGUCAGGUCCCACAAAGAGAAGCGAUCAUCUUAUGCUCCAGAAAAAGGUGUACGUUAUGAUGGGGUUUAUAGGAUUGAGAAGUGCUGGCGUAAGAAUGGAAUACAGGGCUUUAAAGUUUGCAGGUAUCUUUUUGUCAGAUGUGACAAUGAGCCUGCCCCAUGGACGAGUGAUGUUCAAGGUGACCGUCCAAGGUCUCUCCCUGUCAUUAAGGAGUUAAAGAAUGCAACUGAUAUAACUGAAAGGAAGGGGUCCCCAUCCUGGGACUAUGAUGAGGAAAAGAGUUGCUGGGUGUGGAAAAAGCCUCCGCCAGCCAGUAAAAAAAGAGUUGCUGAUAGUGGAGAUCCAGAAGAUGGCAGAGUGAUGAGAGUCAAGCGGCUCAAGCAAACUGUAUCUGUUAGAGAGAAGCUUCUGAAAGAGUUUAGUUGUCAAAUCUGUCGAAAGGUGAUGGUCAAUCCGAUUACUACCCCAUGUGUGCACAAUUUCUGCAAAGCAUGUCUAGAGUGUGCCUUUGCUGGCCAAAGUUUAACUAGGCAAAGAGGAGGCAGACGGACAUUGAGAGUGCAAAAGAAUGUUAUGAAAUGUCCAUCCUGUACCAUUGACAUAGCUGACUUCCUUCAGAAUCCGCAGGUGAAUCGGGAGUUGAUGGGUGUAAUAGAAUCACUUCAACAGCAAGCGGAGCAGGAGAAGGUGGAUGAAAAUUCAGAAGGGUGUAGUGAAGAGAGCGAUGAUGCUAUUGAGCAACCAGACUUGGUUGCUGAUGCCGAAGAGCCGGAGGAUGAAUCCCAAAAGGCACAGAAGCAGAAAAUAGAAACCGAUGGUGAUGACAUUGUGGAUCCAUCAUCAAAUGUGCAGAGGGGGAGUCCAGGGAAGGAGAAUGAAGCAUUGACUGCUAUUGAUGGAGCCUGUCAAUAA